GUUAUGGGCUGGACAGCAUUCAUGAAUCCUGUGAUCCAGUGGAAGCUGUAAGGAAAUCUGAGGCAAUAUUUAUCGGAGGUGGGAACACAUUCCGUCUCCUGAAAGCUCUCUAUGACAACAGUCUGAUACAGGAGAUCAGGAAAAGAGUUCUUGAGGAUGGAAUUCCUUACAUAGGAUCCAGUGCAGGAACUAAUGUUGCUACUGUCAGCAUCAAUACUACCAAUGACAUGCCAAUUGUUUAUCCACCUUCCCUGCAGGCCCUAGAUUUAGUUCCUUUUAAUAUUAACCCCCACUACCUGGACCCAGAUGCUAAAAGCACUCACAUGGGUGAGACCAGAGAGGAAAGAAUUCGUCAAUAUCAUGAAGAACCAAACACCCCUCCAGUUCUGGGCUUGCGGGAAGGUGCGAUGCUGCUUGUGGAAGGAGACAAAGCCACCUUGCAAGGAGUGACAGGAGCAUGUCUGUUUUUGAGGGGUAAGAAACCAACUGAACAUGAGCCUGGAACAGAUUUCAGUUUCCUCCUGAUUGACAGUAAUCUCCAGAAUCUGUAGCCCCGCAUAUUCUGCAGUAAAAGUCACUAUAUGGGAAGACAACGAGGAAGAAGGAAAGAGAUGCUUCUAGUCCCAGGGUGGGUGGAGAACCUUAUCUUUAUAAAUAAA